UUUCCUUGGGGACGUGGCGCCGCCGGCGGCUUAGGCCUCCUUCCGGCUGGGCUGAAGGCCAUGGAGAGUCGCACUGGACCCAGUGGAGAGGUGCUGAGGUAGCCGGCGGGCUACUCGACCGGCUGCAGGCUUAGGAGAUGCCUGGGACGAGGAGACCACCUUCUCAGGGCAAAAGGAAAAGGAGGUGACAGGCAUUGAGACCACUGAAGGGAACCCAUGGCUAGGAUCAGUUUUUCCUACCUCUGCCCAGCCUGGUGGUAUUUUACUGUGCCCACAGUGAGCCCAUUUCCCCGUCAGCGAGUGGCAUUCCUAGGACUCUUCUUCAUAUCCUGUCUCCUUUUGCUUAUGUUGAUCAUGGACUUUCGACAUUGGGGUGCCUCAUUACCACAAGAUAAGCAAUUCGAAAGGUAUUUGGCUCGAGUUGGGGAUCUUGAAGCUACUGACACUGAAGACCCGAAUCUAAAUUAUGGACUUGUUGUGGACUGUGGCAGCAGUGGCUCCCGGAUUUUUGUUUAUUUCUGGCCAAGACAUAAUGGGAAUCCCCAUGACUUGCUAGAUAUCAAACAGAUGAGAGAUCGCAACAGCCAACCAGUGGUUAAAAAAAUCAAGCCAGGAAUCUCUGCGAUGGCGGACACCCCGGAGCACGCCAGCGAUUACCUCCGUCCUCUGCUGAGCUUUGCUGCUGCUCACGUGCCUGUAAAGAAGCACAAGGAGACCCCCCUUUACAUCCUGUGCACAGCGGGCAUGAGGCUUCUUCCCGAGAGAAAGCAGUUGGCUAUCUUGGCUGAUCUAGUGAAAGAUUUACCGCUGGAGUUCGACUUCCUCUUUUCACAGUCUCAGGCAGAAGUGAUCUCUGGGAAGCAGGAAGGGGUUUAUGCAUGGAUUGGAAUCAACUUUGUUUUGGGAAGAUUCGACCAUGAGGAUGAAUCAGAUGCUGAGGCUCCCCAGGAAUCGGCAACAGGACGCAGAAGGACAGUGGGGAUACUGGAUAUGGGAGGAGCCUCUCUCCAAAUUGCCUAUGAAGUUCCUACCUCAACCUCUGUCCUUCCUCCCAAACAGGAAGAAGCUGCAAAGGUCCUGCUGGCUGAAUUCAACCUGGGCUGUGAUGCACAACACACCGAGCAUGUGUAUCGGGUUUACGUCACGACCUUUCUGGGUUUUGGGGGCAACUUUGCCCGGCAGCGCUAUGAAGACCUUGUGCUAAAUGAAACUCUUAGCAAAAACAGGUUGCUGGGCCAGAAGACAGGUCUGAGUCCUGACAAUCCGUUCCUGGACCCUUGCCUGCCCGUGGGCCUCACAGACGUGGUGGAGAGAAACAGCCAGGUCCUGCAUGUCCGGGGCAAAGGAGACUGGGCGACCUGUGUGGCAGUGCUGAGCCCUCUGCUGGCUCGCUCCAACACCAGCCAGGCCUCGCUGAAUGGCAUCUACCAGUCGCCAAUUGACUUCAACAACAGCGAGUUCUAUGGCUUCUCCGAGUUUUUUUACUGUACAGAGGAUGUGUUGCGCAUUGGUGGCCGCUACCACAGGCCAACAUUUGUCAAGGCUGCUCAGGAUUACUGUGGAAUGGCUUGGUCAGUACUAACUCAGAGAUUCAAGAACGGCCUUUUUUCAUCACAUGCAGAUGAGCAUCGACUCAAGAAGGUGCAGGAGGGGCCACGCGGCAGCCCUGGGGCUGAAGACAUGCUUCCACUUUGCUUGCUCUGUGGAGAUGGCAUCAUAGAGUGUUUGCAUGGAUGGAAUAAACAGGCUAACACCCCUGGGCCUUUAAGUCAGCAUCGAGGCCUCUCUCCGAAGCUAACGUUUCUUUCCACCUUCGAACUCUUUCCUAGGGAUCUGCGGCAGGAGGGUGUCCGACAGGCCCACGGUGGCUGGUUCCGCCUCUCCUUUGUCUACAACCACUAUCUCUUCUUUGCCUGCAUCCUGGUCGUGCUCCUGGCCAUCAUCCUGUACCUUCUGCGGCUACGCCGAAUUCACCGCCGACAAACUCGAGCCUCCGCCCCGUUGAACAUGCUGUGGAUUGAAGACAUGGUGCCCAUGAUUGGGGUCCAGGUGGGGCCAUGAGGCUGGGCAAGGACGAAGGAAGCUCGCGCCCUCCAGAGUUGCUGCUCAUAGCAUUCCAGCACUUUCUUGUUCUGGCCUCAGAAGCUGCUUCGCCUGACCUUGUGGGUACUUGGCCUUGGAAUUUCUACUUUAAUAUCUACUUUAAUUCCUUCUCAGUCUCCAGGUCCUCUUAUCUGGGAGAAGCUGUAACUUAGUCUGUGAAGAACUAAAAAUCAUGAGAGAUUGGUGCUAACAAAGGUGGCCAACCUUAGUCCAACUAAAUCAUGCUUCUUCUGCUCCUUUGCCUGAGAGGUCUGGUGUGUCCCUGGGAGUCAGACUUCUCUCCCCUUGCUAAAGCAUGAACUUGGGCACUGGGCACACUGGAAGCUGGAUUGACACCGAACUUGGAGCCUCUGAUGCAAAGCUGAAGACAUUCUAGCAAGCACGGCAGCCCCUUCUUUCUCUGUAACAGAGAUAUCAUUUAUGUGGAGAUCCACAGCCUUGAAUAGGGACCCAAGAUCACUUGUAGUUCAGUGGAACAGAUAUGAAUUUCCAGGCAACCAAAAUAACACAACUUCCUUGCUUACUUGACAAAGAAGCCAUUAUGAGUGUGGUCUGAGGGCCC